CGUCAGCUACGCAGUAGCGGUCAGGGCUGGUCCUGCGUGUGCAGAAUCAACUUCUUCGAGGGUGAAUAUCGAGGAGGACACUGACCGGACCGACACUGUACAUCGUCUUCGCUGGGUUGAAAACAGAGUUGCAACAUGGGCAACGUCCAAGUGAGUCAAGUUUUUGACAGUUUUCUUAUAAAUGCGUUAUCAGCUUUUUGUUAACGCUCUAGGCCUAGUAGCGUAUUGGAUGCUGCAGUGUAGUCGGGAAGUAAACCAAGGCUGCAACGCAUCUUUUAAGUAGGUCUAUGAACCACUCGACUGAAUCAAUAAUCUACAUGUCGAAGAUAAUGUCGUUAUUUAUAUUAUGUUAGAAUGUAGGCCAUUUACCUUCAUUCUUCCUAUCACAUUGUUAUUGGUUAUCAACUCAUUUUAAUGCUUUAAAAUGUUCGUUUUAGAAAAUGUAUGUAAAUGUAGCCUAUUUAUGUAAAUGAUAGCCUUCAUAUAUGAUUUGUGAAUGAGUGGAACAUAACUUAUCCAUAAAUGGCCUACUGUUUAUCAUAGCCUGUUUUAUAUAUGUAGGCUAUGCAGCAGGCCUAUUCAUAGGCCUACCAUCUGUAUAACAAAUGAGUGUUAGGAGCGUGGCAGCUUGAGUAGGCUGCUUCUCUCUGGAAUUUCCAGAAAGUUCUACUCUCAAUGAUCAAUAAGGCUGCAUUGUCUUUGUGGAGGGUGGGCGUGGAAGGGAUGCUGAGGCCCUGUAGCUUUGUAUCAAUAUGCAACUGCCCCAUGACUCAGCUCACAGAGACUGCACCCUUUACUAGACUAGGAACAGAGAGGGGAAUCUAGCCUACUGUACUCAACCAUGAAGGAAAAUUCUUUCUCACAUUACAUUAUUUAGCAGACGCUCUUAUCCAGAGCGACUUACAGGAGCAAUUAGGGUUAAGUGCCUUGCUCAAGGGCACAUCGACAGACUCUGGGAUUAGAACCAGCGACCUUUCGGUUACUGACGCUCUUAACCACUAAGCUACCUGCCGCCCCACACAUGAUCUAUACAGAAAAGACUGCAUAAUUUUAGGAUUAAUUAUGUGGCAUAGACCUAUGAUUAUUUGAGACAGAUGUAUCAUGGGAAAGCACAUAUUUUUGUAUAUCAUGUUAUAUUAGUGUCAUUGGUGUCCUGGUUCUGAACGUUUCCCCAUAUAGCCAACCAUUACCCCCUAUGAGGAUUUCGAUGUCAUGGCUGAUGUCAAGGCCAUCCGCAAAUCCUGCAAAGGUUUGGGUAAGUGUAUAGACUCGUAUAUUCCUAUUCAAGCAUUAAUCUAGGUCAAAGGCUAUAGGGUUCUCAAAUCCGAGCCUGGAGGUCGACAGUACCGACGUUUUUCUCGUCUCCCUAAUGAAUUGAUUAAUCAAUGUCACUGAUUGGCCAGAUAGAUGUCCCAGCCCAGGUCUGAAUCAGUUCCUGAUUUAGAGGGGCAGGAUGAAAAGCAGCAGUACUGAGGAUUGGUUCAGGAAACUCUCAUUAUCUUCCAUUCAGUCCCUUACAUUGGGUCAUGUUAGCUUGCACAUCACUGAUGGACGCCUCUAUGACAUGACAUCACCCAUCUGAUCAGAAAUAAAGUGACCUAAUCAUGAUCUAUCCACCAAUAUGAGUCAAUUAUACAGCAAUGUAAAGAUUGUCGGAUUAUACAACGAUAACAGGACAAUUGACUGAUUUUUAUUUAUUUGCACUAAAUAAAUAGAUAGUUUGAGCGUCCAUGGAUCAUCGGCUUGCAACCUUAUUAAUUUGUAUUUAAAUGUCUUUCUGAUUCAUCUCCACAGGGACGGAUGAGGAGGCCAUCAUUGAGAUCCUGGCCAAUCGUUCAUCAGCACAGCGCUUGGAAAUCAAGCACGCAUACUUUGAGAAGUAUGACGAUGUGAGUCGUUUCUCAUCCAUAGACUCGUGACAUCAACACAUUAAGACCUUUUAUAUGACAUGCAGAGUCCAACUGUUUGCUUUACGACUAUAGCAUGCUUCAUUUGAGUUGUAGGGGAGAAGUACUUUUUGGAGCACAAGAUGGAUGUCCCAAAUGAUGAGUUAGCACGGUGAAUGAGUGAUGGAAAUACUAACAUGUAAAUGUUUUUAAAAAAUGGAUGUCGAUGCCAUUGUGCAGAAUUUCGCCUUUCCUAGAUUUUUCUUAAUUCCUUGUGUCCUCUUUGCUUGCCUCCUUGAAAUGCAUUGGAGUAGGAAAAUGUAUAUAGGAAUCGAGGAAAUCAACACUUUUUUUGUUUGUUUAAAGGAGAGUGGAAUUCCAUUUAGACAGUACAGAAAUAGAGGGGAGACCGGACGAUGCAGGGAUUGAACCCUGAUCUCUGGUGGGGAGGCAUACAUGUGAUAGCAGCAGGUGUGUUACCACUAUACCACAGGGUUUGCACAAGGAAAUAUUUUUUAGACUUGUCUGUUCUAUGUAUUGUCCAUACUAAGGAGUUGGAGGAGGUGUUGAAGAAGGAGCUGACUGGUAGCUUUGAGAUGGCCGUCGUGGCAAUGCUAGAUCCACCCCACAUCUACUCUGCCAAGGAGCUGAGGAAGGCCAUGAAAGGGGCGGGCACCGACGAGGCUGUUCUGGUGGAGAUCCUGUGCACCAGCACCAAUCAGGUAUGUUGUUACUGGACCAUUAAACCAAUCAAAUCAAAUGUUAUUUGUCACAUGCGCCGAAUACAACAGGUGUAGACCUUACAGUGAAAUGCUUACUUACAAUCCCUUAACCAACAGUGCAGUUUUAAGAAAAAUAAGUGUUAAGUAAAAAUAAAAUAAAAAUAAUUAAAGAGCAGCAGUAAAAUAAAAUAACAGUAGGGAGGCUAUAUACAGGGUACUGGUACAGAGUGAAUGUGCGGGGGCACAGGUUAGUCGAGGUAAUUAAUGUAAUGUGUACAUGUAGGGGGGGGGGGGGGGUUGGACAAUGCAAACAGUCUGGGUAGCCAUUUGAUUAGCUGUUCAUGAGUCUUAUGGCUUGGGGGUAGAAGCUGUUAAGAAGCCUUUUGGCCCUAGACUUGGCACUCCGAUACCGCUUGCCGUGCGGUAGCAGAGAGAACAGUCUAUGACUAGGGUGGCUGGAGUCUUUGGCAGUUUUUAGGGCCUUCCUCUGACACCGCCUGGUAUAGAGGUCCUGGAUGGCAGGAAGCUUGGCCCCAGUGAUGUACUGGGCCGUACGCACUACCCUCUGUAGUGCCUUGCGGUCGGAGGCCGAGCAGUUGCCAUACCAGGCGGUGAUGCAACCAGUCAGGAUGCUCUCUGGUGCAGCUAUAUAACUUUUUGAGGAUCUGAGGACCCAUGCCAAAUCUUUUCAGUCUCCUGAGGAGGAAUAGGCUUUGUCGUGCCCUCUUCACGACUGUCUUGGUGUGUUUGGACCAUGAUAGUUUGUUGGUGAUGUGGACACCAAGGAACUUGAAGCUCUCAACCUGCUCCACUACAGCCCCGUCGAUGAGAAUGGGGGCGUGCUCUGUCCUCCUUUUCCUGCAGUCCACAAUCAUCUCCUUUGUCUUGAUCACGUUGAGGGAGAGGUUGUUAUCCUGGCACCACAUGGCCAGGUCUCUGACCUCCUCCCUAUAGGCUGUCUCAUCGUUGUCGGUGAUCAGGCCUACCACUGUUGUGUCGUCGGCAAACUUAAUGAUGGUGUUGGAGUCGUGCUUUGCCAUGCAGUCAUGGGUGAGCAGGUAUACGGGCGGCAGGUAGCUUUGUAGUUAAGAGCGUUGUGCCAGUAACCGAAAGGUCGCUGGUUCUAAUCCCCGAGCCGACUAGGUGAAAAAUCUGUCGAUGUGCCCUUGAGCAAGGCACUUAACCCUAAUUGCUCCUGUAAGUCGCUCUGAAUAAGAGCGUCUGCUAAAUGACAAAAAAUGUAAAAAUGUAAACAGGGAGUACAGGAGGGGACUGAGCACGCACCCCUGAGGGGCCCCCGUGUUGAGGAUCAGUGUGGCAGAUGUGUUGUUACCUACUGUUACCACCUGGGGGCGGCCCAUCAGGAAGUCCAGGAUCCAGUUGCAGAGGGAGGUGUUUAGUCCCAGGGUCCUUAGCUUAGUAAUGAGCUUUGAGGGCACUAUGGUGUUGAACGCUGAGCUGUAGUCAAUGAAUAGCAUUCUCACGUAGUUGUUCCUUUUGUCCAGGUGGGAAAGGGCAGUGUGGAGUGCAGUAGAUUGCAUCAUCUGUGGAUCUGUUUGGGUGGUAUGCAAAUUGUAGUUGGUCUAGGGUUUCUGGGAUAAUGGUGGUGAUGUGAGCCAUGACCCAGCCUUUCAAAGCACCUCAUGGCUACAGAAGUGAGUGCUACGGGUCGGUAGUCAUUUACGCAGGUUAGGUUAGUGGGCACAAGGACUAUGGUGGUCUGCUUGAAACAUGUUGGUAUUACAGAUUCAGUCAGGGUCAGGUUGAAAAUGUCAGUGAAGACACUUGCCAGUUGGUCAGCGCAUGCUCGGAGUACCUGUCCUGGUAAUCCGACUGGCCCUGCGGCCUUGUGAAUGUUGACCUGCAUAAAAGUCUUACUCACAUCUGCUACGGAGAGCGUGAUCACACAGUCGUCCGGAACAGCUGAUGCUCUCAUGCAUGUUUCAGUGUUACUUGCCUCGACGCAAGCAUAGAAGUAAUUUAGCUCGUCUGGUAGGCUCGUGUCACUGGGCAGCUCGCGGCUGUGCUUCCCUUUUGUAGUCUGUAAUAGUUUUCAAGCCCUGCCACAUCCGACGAGCCUCAGAGCCGGUGUAGUACGAUUCAAUCUUAGUCCUGUAUUGACUCUUUGCCUGUUUGAUGGUUUGUCAGAGGGCAUAGCGGGAUUUCUUAUAAGCAUCCAGGUUAGAGUCCCGCUCCUUGAAAGCGGCAGCUCUACCCUUUAGCUCAGUGCGGAUGUUGCCUGUAAUCCAUGGCUUCUGGUUUGGGUAUGUACGUACAGUCACUGUGGGGACGACGUCAUCGACACACUUAUUGAUGAAGCCAGUGACUGAUGUGGUGUACUCCUCAAUGCUAUCUGAAGAAUCCCGGAACAUGUUCCAGUCUGUGCAAGCAAAACAGUCCUGUAGCUUAGCAUCUGCGUGAUCUGACCACUUCUGUAUUGAGCGAGUCACUUGUACUUCCUGCUUUAGUUUUUGCUUGUAUGCAGGAAUCAGGAGGAUAGAAUUAUGGUCAGAUUUACCAAAUGUAGGGCGAGCUUUGUACGCGUCUCUGUGUGUGGAGUAAAGGUGGUCUAGAGUUUUUUUGGGUUGCACGUUUAACAUGCUGGUAGAAAUUAGGUAAAACAGAUUUACGUUUCCCUGCAUUGAAGUCCCCGGCCACUAGGAGCGCCACCUCCUGGAUGAGCAUUUUCUUGUUUGCUUAUGGCCUUAUACAGCUCGUUGAGUGCGGUCUUUGUGCCAGCAUCGGUUUGUGGUGGUAAAUAGACGGCUACGAAAAAUCUAGAUGAACCCUCUUGGUAAAUAGUGUGGUCUACAGCUUAGCAUGAGAGACUCUACCUCAGGCGAGCAAAACAUAGAGACGUCCUUAAUAUUAGAUUUCGUGCACCAGCUGUUGUUUACAAAUAUACACAGACCGCCCCCCCUUGUCUUACCGGAGGCAGCUGUUCUAUCUUGCCGAUUCACCGAACCCCCCCCAGCUGUAUGUUAUCCAUGUCGUCGUUUAGCCAUGACUCAGUGAAACAUAAGAUAUUACAGUUUUUAAUGUCCCUUUGGUAGGAUAUUCUUGAUCGGAGCUCAUCCAUUUUAUUAUCCAAUGAUUGUAUAUUGGCUAAUAGGUCUGAUGGUAGAGGCAGAUUACCCAUUCGCCGUCGGAUCCUUACAAGGCACCCCGACCUACGUCCCCGAUAUCUCCGUCUGUUCUUCAUGCGACUGACGGGGAUUUGGGCCUUCUUGAAUUAAGGACCUAUCGGGUAUGGGUUUAUUGGUCCAACCAGCAUUGAUUUGGACUGUCGUGAUCAAAUUGCACUCUGCACGAAUGUACACACAAGAUAAUGACAAACAAUGCUGUUCAACAGAUCCAGUGUCCCACUGACUUUUAGACAAAGAACUGUGUAUAUUAUUUUGUGAAUGAAAACAGAAAUGUUAAAGCAGAAUGUCUCUUGUGUUAUUCCCUGACUCUCUCCCCCAACAGGAGAUCCUGAGUUGCCACGAGGCGUAUGCCCAGGGUAAGUAUUUUUAGCCAGGACUUCAGAGCAUAAUCACACAUUUUAUGGUCCAGACUAUGGUCAGUCAACCCAUACACAACCAGUGUUCUUGUAUUUGUUAUGUCAAGGGUGAGUCACUAGGAUGAAUCACAGUGGAAUCGGUCACAUUUUCCUCUCUUGUUUUCUGGUGGAGAUUUAGACAUGACAUCACAAAUUCCUUUUAGCGUAAUGUUAGAGCAUUUGGGAAAUCCCCAAACUGUCAGUGAAAGGUGAGACUGUUUACCCCCUUAAAAACAAUAUGCUGACCCAAUGUCUGAUAUGUCAGGGGAAUUAUUGAUACAUUCCAUGCUGUUGUGAUAUUGAAUUCACAUUCUUCUCAAAUUGCUGUCCUUUCAAAGUAUUGCAUUUUGACGUCCCACUAUUGGGUUUUGUGGACUUUUGUCUUCAAUUUUUUUUCCUAACGCCACUGAAACUGUGUAUUGUAAAAAAAAAAAAAAAAGCUUCACAAUGCAUAUACAUCUGGAAUGACCUUUGACCUCUACAAUGUGACACAUUUGUUUCCCUUCCAGUGAACGAGCGUGACCUGGAGGCUGACAUUGAGGAUGACACCAGUGGAGACGUCAAGAACCUUCUGGUCUCUCUACUGCAGGUAAACCGGAUAAUAUUCUGUGAUUACAGUACAUGUGUCAAAUAUACACAUUUUGCACCAAUUGAUCACGUGACAAGGCGAAAACAAGACAUCCAACUGGAGUUGUUCCCCUUUGGUAAAAUGGACUGGGAGGCCAGUCUGUGUUCGGCACACUCGGGCCUUGUUCCCAUUCUUUCACCACCCCCUUCCCAGUGGUGUAAAAAUACUUGAAAGUACUACUCAAGUAGUUUUUUUGGGGUAUCUGUACUUUACUUUACUAUUUAUAUUUUUGACAACUUUUACUUCACUACAUUCCUAAAGAAAAUGAUGUACUUUUUACUCCAUACAUUUUCCCUGACACCCAAAAGUACUCGUUACAUUUUGAAUGCUUAGCAGGACAGGAAAAUGGCCUAAUUCACACACUUAUCAAGAGAACAUCCCUGGUCAUCUCUACUGCCUCUGAUCUGGCAGACUCACUAAACACAUGCUUAGUUUGUAAAUUAUGUCUGAGUGUUGGAGUGUGCCCCUGGCUAUUUGUAUUUUUUUAUUUUUUAUUUUAACAAGAAAAUGAUGCCGUCUGGUUUCCUUUAUAUAAGGAAUUUGAAAUUAUUUAUACUUUGAUACUUAAGUAUAUAUUUUUGCAAUUACGUUUACUUUUGAUACUUAAGUAUAUUUAAAACCAAAUACUUUUAGACUUUUACUCAAGUAGUAUUUUACUGGGUGACUUUCACUUUUACUUGAGUAGUUUUCUAUUAAGGCAUCUUUACUUUUACUCAAGUAUGACAAUUGGGUACUUUUUCCACCACUGCCCCUUCCCACUUCCUCGGCACUAAAAGGUACAUGACUCAUAUCCCCUCAAUCCUAUCACAAUGACCAUGAUACAGUUUUUCAUUUGUAAGUUGGUUUGGAUAAGAAUGACUGCUAGGUAAGAAAGUGAAUAGAAGUAAAUGGGAAACAGGAAAAUACUGUUGGUUGUGGGGAAAAACUCCCUUUUUUUAAUGCCACUUGUUGACUCACAUCAUACCUUGGCUUGAUAGGUUGAUGAUCCCUCCCAGACGCUCUCUCUCUCUCUUUGCGUCUCUUCUUUACCCCACUCCCCCCCUCUCUCUCUCUACCCUGAUAGGCUAACAGGGAUGAGGGCUUUGAGGUGGACGAGGGACUGGCCGAGCAGGACGCGACCGCUAUGUUUGAGGUGAGCUCUCACUACGUACUGUACCAGGCUCUUGUUUCAUGUCUGUUACUAUUAACCCCUCAUGACACUCUAGGAAUCAAUAGGAUGUUUAUCCCUAUUGUGCCCCAACGAUCCAAGUAGAGUUAGAGCAACGUGAGUAACUCAUGUCUUUCGAGUAAAUCUGCCAUUGACAUCAAUGCGUGAUUUAUGCAAAAUUCCAAGUUGUGCGUACGGAUCUCAAGCCAGAAUUCCUUCCUUUUUGUAAGCAAUGACUUUGACUGGAUCCCUGUGCUUUCUGCUGGUGUGUUUUAUUCUGGUCUUUGUUUGUGGAUGUCAGGCAGGAGAGGGUCGUUUCGGAACGGACGAGUCCACCUUCACUUACAUUCUGACACACAGGAACUACCUGCAGCUUCAGGCCACCUUCAAGAUCUAUGAGCAGGUAUGUACAGUCCACUUGCUAUGUGCCACUGGGGGGUCAUGAACUCUGUCAACGCUCUGAAUUGACAAUAUUAGUCAACCGCGGAAGACAAAAUAACCAUUUAUUACUAGGUUGGUCCAGUGGAGUAAGCUGCUGCCUCCAGCCCACAUACACUGCUAUUUCAGCACACUCUCUCCUCUAUCUCUCCUAUCCAAAAAAACAAGAAAUGCGUGAGGAGUGGGACUGCCCCAGUCCUUUAAAAAAAAAAAAAGGAGAACCAUUAUCUGUCAUUAAAUGGAAGCACUUCUAAGUACUGGGGAAAUUGUCUAGAAGUAGUCAGUCAUGUUUUGUACUCAGUAUGGACAAAUGGAUCACCAUCUUGAUUCUGUGUUCACUGUCUUGUUUGUGUUCUCUCCAGCUCUCUGGGACAGAGAUCCUGGAUGCCAUUGACAACGAGGCUACUGGGACCUUAAAGGAGUGCUACAUCACCCUGGGUAUGUCAUUUUUAGAGCCAUGUUUUGGACACAAACAGCGUUACGGUAGCUGGCGACCACUCUUUUGCUAACUACCUGUAAAUAAAUACACUGAACAAAAAAUAUAAACGCAACAUGUGAAGGGUUAGUCAUAUGUUUUCAUGAGCUGAAAUAAAAGAUCCCAGAAAUUUGCCAUACGCACAAAGAUUUCUCUCCAAUUUUGUGCACAAAUUUGUUUACAUCCCUGUUAGUGAGCAUUUCUCCUUUGCCAUCCACCUGACAGGUGUGGCAUAUAAAGAAGCUGAUUAAACAGCAUGAUCAUUACACAGGUGCACCUUGUGCUGGGCACAAUAAAAGGCCACUCUAAAAUGUGCAGUUGUCACACAACACAAUGCCACAGGUGCAAUUGGCAUGCUGACUGCAGGAAUGUACACCAGAGCUGUUGCCAGAGAAUUGAAUGUUCAUUUCUCUACCAUAAGCCGCCUCCAACAUCGUUUUAGAGAAUUUGGCAGUACGUUCAACCGGCCUCACAACUGCAGACCACGUGUAGGGGCGGCAGGUUGCAUAGCGGUUAAGAGCGUUGGGUCAGUAAUCGAAAGGGGGCUGGUUCUAAUCCCCGAGCCGAUUAGGUGAAAAAUCUGCCGAUGUGCCCUUGAGCAAAGUACUUAACCCUAAUUGUUCCUGUAAGUCGCUCUGGAUAAGAGCCUCUGCUAAAAUGACAUAAAUGUGUAACCACACCAGCCCAGGACCUCCACAUCCGGCUUCUUCACCUGUGGGAUCGUCUGAGACCAGCCACCCAGAUAGCUGAUAAAUACUACUCAGUUUCAUGUCUGUAAUAAAGUCCUUUCGUGGGGGAAAGACUCAUUCUGAUUGGCUGGGCCUGGCUCCACCCAUGGCUGCGCCCCUUCAUGUGAAAUACAUAGAUUAGGGCCUAAUGAAUUUAUUUCAAUUGACUGAUUUUCUUAUGAACUGUAACUCAGUAAAAUUUGUUGCAUGUUGCGUUUAUAUUUUUGUUAAUUAUAGCUAACUAACUUGGCUAACUGAGGGUGAAACCAUUCACUGCCAUUAGUUGUAAAUGAGAUUUCACCCAGUGUCUGUGAAGGAGUCUUCAUCAUGAGACGAUAACAUAGUGGGUAGACUCAAAUGAGAGAACCAACUUUCAUUCAUCAAAUGAAAACAGACGCUGGUGCUAUAGACUUAAGUGACCCUCCACCCAGUGCUUUGAGAUUUGUGAGGGGUACAGGGAAGUAUUCAUCUGUGUGUGUGUGUCUGCGUGCAUAUGCAUGUCUCUCUCUCUCAACAGUGAGGUGUGCCAAAAACCCUCAGCUCUAUUUCGCCCGUCGCCUGAACGCCGCAAUGAAAGGGGCGGGCACCGACGAAGACACACUCAUCCGCAUCAUCGUUGGUCGCUCAGAGGUAUGACAUCAAGGCAUGAGACACAGAAUAUUACUCAUUAAGGGGUUUUGUAUCACCAAUGUGUUUCUAAGCUUUUGUCCUGUUAGGAAGAUAAGUGAAAAAAUGGCAUUGCCUAACAGUAUUGUGUAAGGGCUUAUGAUGGAGGGUGUUGCCACAAUAAUUGUUGCGCGAGCAAAUUACACGACCUUACAAACAUGCUAAGGAAUCACUGUUAUUUUGAACGUUUUAGGACUGAUGCCCAACUGAAAAAAAUAUUUAGUCUAAAGUGCGUUACUGUGGCUUGGAAACACGAUGACAUUUCAAAAUAAAUAUUUUCUGCAUUGGUGAUGUCGUCAGAUUGGCUUUAGAUGCAGGAUAACUUUAGCUAGCUAAGAUUGAGGGGACUGCACUGAAUUUUAGCUAGCUAACAUUAGCAUUGCUAGCAAAUAUUUUUUUGUACAAACUUUGCUAGCUAAUGGCAACAUUGCCAUCUCUCUAAAGUAAAUUUGAGGACAUCAUAAUGAUGGCGACGUUUCCCAUUUCAUUAUUUCUUACUUUAGCAAUAUCGUUGUAUUUCCAGGCCACUGUAGUGUAAUUUUGAUGAAACAGUCAUUCGUUCAGAAUGACUGCGUACCAGUGGCCUUCAGGGUACAAAUAUUUGUUUUAUUUAACCUUUUAUUUAUACAGGUUUUACUCAUUGAGAUAAUCUAUUUUUCAAGAGUGACCUGGUCAAUAUGGUUGUAUGUUCAUAACAAUGGCAUGACGCAAAACCGAGUGACGGAGGUGCAACCCAUGAUUACUACUACUUGCCCCUAAUAAGAACGUAUCAAAGUCAUACGAAGAUAAUUUAUAGAAUCAGAAGAUCAUGUGAGUGUUUGUUUGUUUCCAACAGUUUGACCUGGAGACCAUUAAGGAGAUGUACCUGGAGAAGUAUGACGUUCCUCUGAAAGACGCUCUGAGCUCUGAGUGUGGAGGAGACUUCAAACGCCUCCUACUGGAGGUCCUGCACUAAGACCCCUGUUUUCUUAUACUUCUCCCUCGCUCUCCUCUUCUCUCACCUCUUCCUCCUCCUCGUCUUCGGCUCUGACUGCAGCAUGGACCGAAAACCAACCAUAUCAUCGUGUGUUACUAACGCAGACAGAAGAUGUCACCAUAACUUCUACAUCGAGUUGUUAUGAACAGAAGACUGCCAGGUAGCCUGGCCAGUAUACUGGAUAAUGAAGUAAAAGUCAUAGAACUGAACUUUAAAUACUGUUCUUAAAACAAACAAAAAAACGAUUAUUGAUAUACUGUAUGUUUACUAUCACACAUUCCACAUUCCUCGUACAGUUUGACUUUCCUCUUCUUGCUUCUUACAUACAGUAAAUGGCACCAGCUAUUUAUUAUUUCUUAUUGUUACUUUUUCACUCUCUUUAUUCAAAGCCGUGAGAAGUAGGGGUGCUGAGAGUGCUGCAGGACCCUCAGAAAAAAUAAAAUGCAACAUAAUGUUAUUUAUUCCCCCUUUUUUUCUUUUCUUUUUUU